GCUUGAGAGCGGGAGGUGAAGUGUGUUGGAACGAGAAGGUUUCAGACCAAGGUUUGCUUCCCUCCGCAGCCGUUCUUGCUGAAGCCUGGGCCCCCUCGCUCCACCCGAGCCCCGGCAAGCUCACCGAGCUCCUCCGGCACACUCGAGCGCGAUGGUGGCCGCUCGCUCCAGGCUGCUCUCCGUAGCUGUCCUCCUGGCUGCGGGCGCCUUCGUGGCGACCACCUUCGUGCCCCCGCCCGCUGCAGCACCUCGGGCGCCGCCCUCCGACUUGGCUCCGGCGCAGCACGCUGCGCUGCUCGGGGUGGCGGCGGCGGCCGUGCCAACAGCGGCGCAUGCGGCCAAGGCGUUCGACCCGGUGGAUGUCAUCUUCAGGCUGGUCGCGCUCGUGGCCGUCCUUUUGGGGCCCAUUAUCGCCUUCUUGGGCUUGCAGUUCAUCCUGCCCCAGGCCGACAUGUCGAAGUGAGCAUGGCACCGCCCCAGGAGUUGGUCUGAGGGUGGGGCGGAACAGCAGUUCGGGCGUCGCUGGACUGGGGAUGUGCGAGUCCUGCCGCAGGCGCACCUACGGUGGCGCGCCCUGCCGCAAGCGCACCUACGGUGGCGACAGGCGAUGACGUGCCCGCAGCGGGCUGUAACAUUUUUCGGAGUCGAGAGUCUUUGCGCAAAAAA